AUGUCUGAAUCUACUGUUGGAAAGCCAAUCACUUGUAAAGCUGCCAUUGCUUGGGAAGCUGGCAAGCCUCUUUCCAUAGAGGAGGUAACCUUGGACCCUCCAAAGGCCCACGAAGUCAGGUUCAAAGUUUACAACACCGGUGUGUGCCAUACUGAUGCUUACACCCUCUCUGGGGUGGACCCAGAGGGAGCAUUCCCGGUGAUUUUGGGACAUGAAGGUGCUGGUGUCGUUGAAUCUGUUGGUGAGGGUGUUGAAAACGUCAAGCCAGGUGACCAUGUCAUUGCCUUAUACACUGCCGAGUGCAAAAAGUGUAAGUUCUGCAAGAGUGGUAAGACUAACUUGUGUGGCUCUGUGAGAGAGACUCAAGGUAAAGGUGUGAUGCCUGAUGGUACCACUAGAUUCCACUGCAAGGGUAAAGAUAUCUUGCAUUUUAUGGGAUGUUCUACGUUUUCUCAGUACACUGUGGUGGCUGAUGUGUCUAUUGUUGCCGUGAACCCAACUGCUGGCUUCGACAAGACCUGCCUUUUGGGCUGCGGUAUCACGACCGGCUAUGGUGCUGCUACUAUCACUGCUGACGUUCAGGAAGGUGACAAUGUGGCUGUCUUUGGUGGUGGUUGUGUUGGUUUGUCUGUUGUUCAAGGAGCCAAGGAAAGAAAAGCAAAGAAAAUCAUCGUGGUCGAUAUCAACGACAAGAAAGAGGAAUGGGCAAAGCAAUUUGGUGCCACUGACUUCGUCAACCCUACAAAGUUGCCUGAAGGCACUACAAUUGUUCAGAAGCUCAUUGAGAUGACCGAUGGUGGUUGCGACUAUACAUUUGAUUGUACUGGUAACGUUAAUGUGAUGAGAGACGCAUUGGAGGCAUGCCACAAGGGUUGGGGUACCUCUGUCAUCAUUGGUGUUGCCGCUGCAGGUAAGGAGAUUUCUACCAGACCAUUCCAGUUGGUCACCGGUAGAGUAUGGAAGGGUGCUGCUUUUGGUGGUGUCAAGGGUAGAUCUCAAUUGCCAGGUAUUGUUGAUGACUACUUGGCUGGUAAGUUGAAGGUGGACGACUUCAUUACUCACAGACACAAAUUGGAUCAGAUCAACACUGCUUUCGAUGACAUGCAUAAGGGUGACUGCAUUCGUGCUGUCAUUGAAUUGUGA